AUGUCAACCAGAGGACCGGACCUCCAGAAAAACGGCCACGAACUGGCCCCGUUGAACAACGCCAACGGCGCCAACGGGCCCCACGAAUCGAGGACCAAGCCGGGCGUCACGAUCGUCCUGCAGGGCCCCCGGGGCUCCAUCAUAUCGAGGGGCAGCCUCGCGCAAGACGGCGAUCCGGACAGGGCCGAAUGGUCCGGAAAAUUGCAGUUCUUCCUCUCCAUCAUCGGCUAUUCGGUGGGAUUGGGGAACAUCUGGAGGUUCCCCUAUUUGUGCCAACAGAACGGCGGAGGCGCCUUCCUGAUCCCGUUCGUGAUCAUGCUGGUGAUGGAAGGCAUCCCGCUGUUCCUGAUCGAAUUGGGCAUCGGCCAGAAGAUGAGGCUGGGCUGCCUGGGCGUCUGGAGCACCAUCCACCCGUGGCUGGGCGGCAUCGGCAUCUCCUCGUGCGUGGUCACCUUCUUCGUCGCCCUCUACUACAACGUCAUCAUCACCUGGUGCUUCUACUACCUCUUCAACAGCUUUCAGUAUCCCCUACCGUGGAAAUUCUGUCCGGAGGAUAACGGUACAGUCAACCCGGAAUGCGACAAAUCCUCAGCCACAGCCUACUUCUGGUAUCGAGUCACGUUAGACGCUUCGUCGAGCAUCGACAAUCCAGGAUUGCCGAAGUGGUGGAUCGUCUUGUGUCUGCUGCUCUCUUGGAUCGUGGUCUUCUUCAUCGUCAUGAAGGGCAUCCAGAGUUCCGGAAAGGUCGUCUACUUCACGUCGCUGUUUCCCUACCUCGUGCUGACCAUCUUCUUCGUCAGAGGCAUCACGCUGAAGGGCGCCAGCGCCGGCCUGGCGCACAUGCUGACGCCCAAAGUGGAGAAGCUGAUGGAGCCGAAAGUGUGGCUGGACGCCGCCACGCAGGUCUUCUACUCCUUCGGCUUGGCCUUCGGCUCUCUCAUCGCCUUCGGUUCGUACAACACGCCGAAGAACAACUGCGUGAGAGACGUGAUACUGGUGUCGGUGUGCAACGCCGUCACGGCCAUCUACGCCAGCGUGGUCAUAUUCGCCAUACUGGGCUUCAAGGCGGUGUCUAACGUCGAUAAAUGCAUCUUGGACAACAAGAAACUCCUGCUGUCGCUGGGAUUCCUCAACAAGGACGUACCGCCUGAAUUGAUAUCGCAGGAGUCGUACGAAAACGCCUGGAUACACGCAAACAACACCAGAAAUAUGACUGAGUGUCUGUUAGCCAGAGAAUUGGAUGCAGCCGCCGAAGGUACUGGAUUGGCCUUCAUAGUCUUCACCCAAGCCAUAGUGGAGCUACCAGGAGCUCCCUUCUGGGCGAUAAUCUUCUUUAUGAUGCUCCUAGCAUUAGGAAUCGGUUCGCAAAUCGGAAUGAUGGAGGGCAUGCUGUGCACGGUCUUCGACAUCGACAUCAUCAAAAGGAUCAGCAAGGAGUACGUCACAGCUAUCCUCUGUCUGGUGUGCUUCUGUCUGGGCAUCAUCUUCACCACCGGCGCCGGGGAGUACUGGCUGAGCAUGUUCGAUUCCUUCGCCGGUACGGUGGGCCUCGUCGUCGUGGCCUUCAUGGAAAUGAUCGCCGUCAUCUACGUCUACGGGCACGAGAAGUUCACCAAGGACAUAUUGGACAUGACGGGCUACAAGCCGGGACCCUACUGGCAGUUCACCUGGCGGUACUUCGCUCCCAUUCUGAUGGUCGUCAUACUGGCCUCCUCCAUAGUGCAGAUGUUCAUCGAGAAUCCCAAGUACCAGGCCUGGAGCCAAGAAGAGGGUGAUGUUAUACCCACACCUUAUCCCCCGUGGGUGAUGGGCAUCGCUAUAUCCAUGAUUCUGGCCGGUAUACUACCGAUUCCCAUAGUAUUCUUGUUGAGGAGAUACCAGAUAUUGAAGCUCGACGUUAACAUCCACGAAGGCUCCAUCAGAAGGAUCGAUACGACUGUAUCCACCAAAGAAAUGAUCACAGACGUUGAUCAAUUCGACGAGGACGAGGGCGAUUUGAGACCGUACGAUUCCGAUUCCUCGGACUCCCUUGGACCCCAAUUAAACAACUCCUUCGGUCGAAAAAUCCACAUUGAGCUUUAG